AUGGACGUGGGCAUGGCCCACGGCGCAGAUGAGCCGAAGUCCGACUCCAACAGCUAUCCGCCCACGUACUUUGCGCUCGCCGACCAUGCUGGCUUAAUGUACGCGCACAUUGGAGUCAUGGUGCUCGCCUGGAUGUUUGUUCUGCCCGUUGCUGUCAUGCUUUCCAUCGCCCGCUCCAGAUAUACACUCGCGCUCCAAUUUUUUUUCCUGGCCGUCAAUGGGCUCGGGGUUCUCCUAGGAACAAUCUACAACGCCAAUACACCCGAUCUCUACCCCAAUAAUGCGCACCACAAACUGGGUUGGCUGGUGACCUGGGUCCUUUUGGCACAGGUCCUGGUCGGGCUGCUAGGAAGAGUUGCCGGCGCUCUGAGGUACAACAACCACGAAACGAACGGCAAGGACGAAUACCAAUCAUUCAUUCCCGUCUCUACGGCUGCCAUGGCUGAGCACCACCGCAUCAACAGCUCUCGGUAUGCCAGCGAGUAUCGCCUAUCCAAUGACAGCGGGCACGGCACUGAGCCAUGUACCGAAUCGCUCCGGAGCCAUUCCCGCUCUUCAUCGUCUAACGAGGUCUCCCCGCGCAGCUCCGACGCCUACAUCAAAGACUACGGCGAGGAUGAGGACGGUCUCGAGGAUGGCCUUUCCAUGCCCACGCCAAGCAACAGGAACGACAACAACAGUUCCAACUCCAACUCGAUCCUUGCAAGGGCCGUGGGGAAGAUUUCUUCGCGCGUAUGGAAGGGUCUGUUAUUCGUCUACAACUCAAUCGACAGGAUCGCUCUGCCUCUGGGUUUCAUUACCCUGUGCCUAGGUAUCGUGACGUACGGACGGUUUUUCGAAGGCAACGGCAUCUUCAGUGGUCUGGCGCAUUGGGUCAAGGGCGGCAUUUUCUUCUGGCUUGGUUUGCUGACCCUUGGGCGAUGGACCGGCAGUUUUGGUGAAUUCGGAUGGGCAUGGAACGUUCGGCCGAAGCGUGCCAACGGCACGUGGCGGCCCUCGGCCGAGUUUGUCGAGAGCGCCCUCAUUUUCGUUUACGGGUCGACCAACGUCUUCCUCGAGCAUCUGGGAAACUGGGGAGGAGAAUACAGCGCGCAGGAUCUAGAGCACAUUUCAAUCACCGUGCUCUUCAUUGGCGGCGGACUGGUCGGCAUGCUUAUCGAAUCGAGUCGCGUCCGAGAUCUCUUGAAUACUUCAGUCAUCGAUGCUGCUUCUGUGCAAUACAACGAUGAGGAAGAGCAGAAGAAGGAUUUCCAGCCGCCAAAGCAAUACGAGUUUUCUAUCAACCCCAUCCCGGCGCUCGUCAUCCUUUUGCUGGGUAUCAUGAUGAGCUCGCACACGCAGCACUCGAUGGUUUCGAGCAUGAUUCACAAGCAGUGGGGCAAUCUCCUUACCGGUGCCUCCUUCGCGCGCGGUUUCACAUACGUCAUCAUGUACCUGAAGCCUCCCAAGUCCGUUCUUCCGUCUCGACCUCCCACAGAGCUUCUCGCUGCCUUUGGGUUGAUUUCUGGAGGAAUCAUAUUCAUGGCGAGUGCUAGCGACACCGUCGUGGGCAUGGAACACUACAACCUGGAUGCCAUGUUCAUGUACACCGUGACCAUGGGUCUUGUGGGUGUCUUGAUGGCCUGGGUCAUCAUUGUCUUAGCCAUCAAAGGUUGGGCUGUACGCAAGGAAUCCGGACGCCAGUCUUAUCGGCGUUCUUGA